AUGGCUUCUUCAAAAGACGACGGAAUUUCCGAUGAUAUGGAGAUAAGUGUGGUCGCAGAUACACCAAACGUGGCAUCGACGGAUACGCCAUUUUUACCUCCUGCAGGUACUUGGGAUGUUGGAGAUAUUCUCCCAAAGAAAGAUAAGAAAUGUAUGAUCUUAGGAAGUGAUCAGGAAUGGCAUGAAGAUAAAGGACCAUCUCAUUAUGUUUUGGACUUUGACCGCGCUCUAGGCAUCAGUGGCACAGAGUUUUACAGGAGGAAUGAGUACUGGUCUGGAUACAGAAAGGAACUGGAAGUUGACGAGUGUAUAUGUGGAUAUAUACGUUGGGAAGAGUCAGCCUUGGAUCAGGAAUGGAACAAAUACAAAAUAAGUAGCGAAGAUGAAAUGAAGCUCAGGACAUUUGUAGAGAGGAUGUCGAAAGGGAACGUAAAACCAACAAAUGUGGUUUGUUUUGCGUUAGGAUCUCUGCAUCGUCCCAAUCCCCCGCGAAAAAGAUCUUUCGAGCAGUUGGCAGUGCUUUUGAAACUCAUGGAGAUUUUAGGCAGGUAUUUCGCAUUCAAUUGGUUAAAAAUGAAUGCUAACACACUCGCAGAGAUCCCUCCGAACGCUAGGAAAGCGAUGCAAGAUCCAGAUUUUAUUCGUCGAGAUGCGAGAUUCUUCGCAAAAUUUGGGCUUGAAACGGUGAUGGAUCCUCAAGGAUUCGAUGCCAUUAACGAAGAAACACUGGUCUUUCAUGUCGGUGGCUAUCGCUAUAUAGACGAAAGAGCUAUAGAUCGACCUUGGCCUGCGAUGUUCAUCAACAUAUGGAAGUUGUACGACGAAGGCAAGAUAUUAUUGAACAAGAGCAAAGUCAGGAAGGCAAUCCUGAGAUGGUUCAACACUAUGAGAGGCAAACCGCAACCCACAACGCAGCGUACGGAUACACCUUCAAAAUUCAACGCGAGGGAAGAAAUCAGGAUCUGGUGGCAAGAUAAGAAGAGAAUCGCAAAGAUUCGCGAAACGUAUCAAGUAGAGAAGAUUCCUAAAGUGGGCACAUGCGACAGUAUGAGCCAAACUCAGCUCUUCUGCAGAAAAGAGAUGAUGGUACGAGGAAGCUUCUGGUGGUUGGGAUACGCAGCAAAACUGCUAUGGGCAAUUUUUAUGGACGCAAAUUAUGAUUGA